AUGAUAUUAAGCACUCUCUCCCCCUCUUCUAUGCUAUGUCUCUUUUUCUCUGCUUACAUUAUGACAGGAUACAGGGAUGAUAUUAAACUCCUCUUCCUCUUCUAUGCUAUGUCUCUUUUCUCUGCUUACAUUAUGACAGGAUACAGGGAUGAUAUUACACACACUCUUCCCUCUGCUAUACGAUGUCUCUUUUUCUCUGCUUACAUUAUGACAGGAUACAGGGAUGAUAUUAAGCACACUCUUCCUUCUUCUAUGCUAUGUCUCUUUUUCUCUGCUUUUAUUAUGACAGGAUACAGGGAUGAUAUAAGGCUCACACUUCCCUCUUCUAUGCUAUGUCUCUUUUUCUCUGCUUACAUUAUGACAGGAUACAGGGAUGAUAUUAAGCACACUCUUCCCUCUUCUAUGCUAUGUCUCUUUUUCUCUGCUUACAUUAUGACAGGAUACAGGGAUGAUAUUAAGCACACUCUUCCCUCUUCUAUGCUAUGUCUCUUUUUCUCUGCUUACAUUAUGACAGGAUACAGGGAUGAUAUUAAGCACCUCUCCCCUCUUCUAUGCAAUGAUACAGGGAUGAUAUUAAGCACACUCUUCCCUUCUUCUAUGCUAUGUCUCUCUUUUUCUGCUUAUUAUGACAGGAUACAGGGGAUGUCUCUUUUUCUCUAUGAUACAGGGAUGAUAUUAAGCACCUCUUCCCUCUUCUCCUUUUUCUUCAUUAUGACAGGAUAUGUCUCUGUCUCUUUGCAAUGUCUCUUUUUCUCUAUUAUGACAGGAUACAGGGAUGAUAUUAGGCUCACUCUUCCCUCUUCUAUACAAUGUCUCUUUUCUCUGCUUACAUUAUGA